AUGAACAACGAGCAGCAGAGCAAUUCUUCCGAGCAAUACUUUGCACCAAUCGGUGGAGAGGGCCAGAUCACAACUCCUGAUGAUGUGGCCAUGAUCGACUCGGGGGGAAUACACGAGGGCAUGUUCAGUUUUCCAGCAGACAUGCAACUGGACAUGGGAACAGACGCUCAUUCCCAGGCCGGCCAUGACUGGCACCAAUCCGGGCAAUACAUGGCUUUUGCAAGUCCCGUGUCUGCGACAAGCCUGGCUGAUGCCUCGUGGAGCAGUUCUGGAUACAUUCCUUAUGGUGAACAGUAUACCGGAGCUCCUGUGGAGGCUGAGCCAACAUUGUUUGAGCGCGGAUAUGCACCGUCCUCAAAUUGGGAUGACGCGGUGCCGUACUCGUCUGACUGGAACGCGCAUGAUACGCCCAGUGGACAGGACUCAGAACAUGGCGCGGCUUCGUCCCGGUCGGGAACAGGGCACGGUAGCGCGCGGAUGUCUCCAGUGGACAUGAGGCCUGGCGCAAAGACACCAACCUCUUUCACCUCGACAAGCAGUGGGGGGCGCUACUCCACGGCGCAUACGGGAAUCGCGGAUAUCAACGCACAAAGAGGCGCUUCUGUGGGCAGCGGGUCCAUUGCUACCCCCGAAACGGGCCACAAGCGACACUCGCCUGCAAGCAAGAAAGGCAAGGCAAAACAAAAGCCGCCGCAAAGCCGUCGGCCAAACAACAAAGCUGGAGCGGUGCCAGCUCCUUCGGCAUUGUCAAUGGCGAGUAGCUCUGGGGGGGAUAGCCUUUCGAGCGGUGAUCCGAGCUUACGCGGGGCUCUUGCUCCCCAGUCAUCAACGACAAGUCGCAACGUUGAGCCACCCGCUGAGAAGCAAAGCAGAAAGAGGUCACGAGGCUCGCAGAAUAUCAUGGAGAAGCAGUACCGGAACCGGCUGAAUGCCCGGUUUGAAGACUUGAUGAAUGCUCUGCCACCAGAGAGUCUGCGGUCUCCGGCGACUGUUUUUAGAUACAGCAGCGCAACCGCGGUGACGGCGAAUGCUGCUGAACGGCAGGCGAGCAAGGGCGAGGUGUUGGAGCUUGCUCGGAAGCAUAUCCAGCGCCUCGAACAGCAGAGAGAUGAUCUGAAGCGCGAGCGAGACGAACUCCAGGAUACCUCGCAGAGACUGCAGAAAAUAUAUGCCAGCCAGUCAUCUGAACAUGGGCAAACAAGCGAGAGGGCAGCUGACCGUGAUGACGACAAUGAAGACAAUGAAGAGGAGGACGACGGAGUUUAA